AAGUAAGCUAAAUAUAUAUCCUUUAUUUUUUCAUAAAGAAUGUUUGUAGAUUACUAGGCAUAGUUUUUGACACAAUUUUUCAAUGGAGGUAUGAGUGUACAAUUUGGUAUUUUCUUGUGUAAAACCCCUUAAGUAAUUAGUCUAUGCUUUUCCAGCAACGCAGCUAGGCAGUAACAAUUCAAAUGGUGUUUUGAAACAGACAGGGGUUUGUUUUCUUCUAAUACACUUUGCAUUGCCCAGCACAUUAACCUUGUUUGUCACAGCUCACAUAUUUCACCAUUGAAAUCUCACUUUACAUGGAAGGGUAGCAGUGUUGUGGUAUCUUCAUGACAGCACAUGGAUUCAAAAGGUGUGGGGGCUUUUGCUUUUCCAAAAAUGAAUCUUGAAAACAAGUGGAUAGGAAUUUGUGCUCUGAUUGGUUGGAGGAAUGGCAUGUCACCCACUGCCUGAGGGACGUAUAAAGACCAGGGCCACUGUGCCCCAGAACAAAUCUGGCAACUGCAAGGACUCCGUUACAGCCGCACUGCAGCUUAUUUAACCAUUUUUUUUUUUUUUUUUUUUUUAAAACCAAGCACUACAGCCACUAAAGUGAUACAGAAAAAGGUGACAAAGCCUUUACUGACAUGGAAAUUCAGCGAACUGCCUCCUUGUUGGGGACUCCUGGCUCCAUGGAGAGCCUUGAGAAACAGCUGAGCUGUCCGAUAUGUCUGGACAUGUUCACCAAACCAGUGGUGAUCCUGCCAUGUCAACAUAACCUCUGCCGAGGAUGUGCGAGUGAUCUUUAUGACUCUCGAAACCCUUAUCGUUUCUCUGGUGGUGUCUUCCGGUGCCCUACAUGUCGUUUUGAAGUGGUUCUUGAUCGUCAUGGUGUACAUGGACUUCAAAGAAAUCUUCUAGUGGAGAACAUAAUUGACAUAUACAAACAGCAACAAGAGGGUGGAGGUGGUGGUGGCACCUCAGAAUCUCCUAUAAGCCCCAAGAGUUCCAAGGAGCUAAUGUGCCAAGAGCACGAGGAUGAGAAAAUCAACAUUUACUGCAUGACCCACCAAAUUCCCACUUGCUCCAUGUGUAAGGUGUUUGGGCAACAUAAAGACUGUGAGGUGUCACCACUUGCUAGUGUCUACCAGGCUCAAAAAGGAGAGCUGAGUAAUGCUAUUGAUGCUCUGGUGGCAGGGAAUGGUCGCCUUCAGGCUCUGCUUAACCAGAUGGAGGAAGCCUGCACAGUCGUUCAGGAAAACGCUCAACGUGCCAAGCAAAAGCUUGGUGAACGUUUUGAUUCACUGUAUGCAGCCUUGGAAGAGCGGAAGAAUGCCCUCUUGGAACGUAUUGGUAAGGAGCAGGAUGAGAAGGUAACUGCCCUCAGGAGUCUGGCUAGGCGUUAUGGAGAUCAUCUUCAGGCAGCCACGGAGUUGACAGACACGGCUGUACGCGCGUUGGAGCAAAGUGGUGCUGCAGAGUUCUUGCAAGCCUCCAAGAACCUGAUUGCACAGACAAAGGACGCGGCGAAGGGUUCGCUGGGUGAAGAAAGGCCUGAGCCAGGCUUUGAGAGAAUGGACCAUUUCACUCUAGAUACAGAACAUGUGGAGACUUUGUUGUCCAAGAUGGACUUUGGGGGAGAUGAUGAUGAGGAAUAUGAAGAUGCUGAAGAUGAAGAGGAAGAGGAGUAAACAGAUUGCACUGAAGGAAAAGUGACAAACUUGAAUGUUGAUGUUAAUGAUGGUGAUUAAAAAGGAUGUAAAGAAGGACAAAAUUAACAAGGCUGAAGAACCACAGACCGUGACGAUGACAAUAUGUUACUGAAGUUUUAAUGUUUGUAUAUCGCUGCUAAGCAGUGUGAGCAUUUCAACUCAUAUGAUCAUAAGAAUAUUUCAGAGUAACAUUUUAUUUAGGUGCCAUUUUUAUACUUUUCUAUUUUAGUUAAUAUCCUUCCAUUGUCACUGUAGGAGUUAUCUUUCUACUUUUACUGUACUAAGAACGAGAAAUGAAAUAUGACUCAUGUUUAUCUUAUUUUACUAUAUGUGAUUCAGUAUGUUCUGUUUUCUCAUGUGUGGACUUAUGCUUUAUUGUGAAAUAAAAUGUUUGAAUAUCAUAA